AUGGCUCUCCUGCUGCUGUUGCUGCUGACGGCGUUCUCCGCCGCCUUAACCUCUGCGGACGAAGGUGAGUGCUCCGAAAACCUUAGAUACGUGCGGGAUUGGUUUCUCUUUGAUCGAAUGGCGUAUGUCGGUUUCUUCUAUUGAGAUAGCGUCGUUCGGAGGAAAGAUCCAUCCCAUGAUUUGAAUAUCCAUCCCCUUCGACUCCUCUUUCCUCCGAAAGAGAACUCAGUACGCCGCCAUUAUACGAGCUUCGAUGCUCUCAGCAGAUUCGGCCUGCUCCGGCCUGCUCCGGCCUGCAUCACCGGUGGAGAAGUCUUUUCCCCAUUGUAGACAGGGCAAGGUUAUUGCUCUCCAGUCGGAUUACUCUCCGCCGUGUCUUAUCGCGACCACGCCGACGGCUGCGCGGUUUCUGGAAGCUCCCAUCGCUCUUGCUCAUCAGUCGCCAGUAUCAACUUUUAGGGUUCCCUCGAAGACGGGAUGGGGAGGGAUUCCAAAAGGAGAUGCGGCUGUUUAUUCUUUCUUUCGUCCUUUAUUUAACAUUUUCUCGGCGACCGUCGACCGCUGUCGCAGAGAAAGCUACAGACACAGAGAUAGAGAUGGAGGAGAGAGAGAGAGAGGGAGGCCCUUCGUUAAAUCCCACUUCCUCUACCAGCUUCUACACGCCCCUGCUCCGUCCGUAUCGCGUCACGUCAGCCAUCUCUCCCUCUCUCUCUCUCCGUCCCGAUUCCCGACGAGUCGACUCAGGGGUCGGUCAGAUUCGCUACGGACCCGCCGAGUCUGGGAUUUCUGUCAUGGUGGGGCCCACAGCAUCCAGGCGCUAAGAUAUCCGUACGGCCGGGGAGAAAAUCGUCGUAUAUUUAACAGUAUACAUUUACUACCCACUGCUGACGACCGAUCUUUGGUCAUGUUUUGCGUUGACUUUUACGUUGACCAGCUUUCGUGGGGGUCAACAUCGGGACGGCGGUGUCGUCGAUGCCGUCGCCGACGCAGGUGGUGGCGCUGCUCAAGUCCCAGCAGAUCCGCCACGUGCGGCUCUACGACGCCGACCCGGGCAUGCUGGCGGCGCUCUCCCGCUCCGGCAUCCUCGUCACCGUCUCCGUCCCCAACGAGCAACUCCUCGCCGUCGGCCAGUCCAACGCCACCGCCGCCAACUGGGUCUCCAAGAACGUCCUAGCCCACUACCCCUCCGUCAACAUCACCACCAUCUCCGUCGGCUCCGAGGUCCUCUCCGCCAUCCCCAACGCCGCCCCCGUCCUCGUCCCGGCCAUGCGCUUCCUCCACUCGGCUCUCGUGGCGGCGAACCUCGACCGGCAGAUCAAGAUCUCCACGCCAUUGCCCUCCUCGCUCAUCCUCGACUCCUUCCCGCCGUCGCAGGCCUUCUUCAACCGGUCCUGGGACGGCGUGAUCCUCCCCAUGCUCAAGUUCUUGCAGGCCACGGAGUCCACCCUCAUGCUCAACGUCUACCCCUACUACGACUACCUGCAGUCCGCCGGCGUCAUCCCCCUCGACUACGCGCUGUUCCGCCCCCUGCCGCCGAACAAGGAGGCCGUGGACGCCAACACGCUGCUGCACUACACCAACGUCUUCGACGCCGUGGUGGACGCCGCCUACUUCGCCAUGGCCUUCCUCAACGUCACCAACGUGCCGGUGCUGGUGGCGGAGACCGGGUGGCCCUCCAAAGGGGACCCCGCAACGGAGCCAGACGCCACCGUCGACAACGCCGCCACCUACAACAGCAACCUGAUCCGUCAUGUUUUGAACGGGACGGGGACGCCGAAGAGUCCGGGAAUGGUGGUGAGCGCCUUCAUCUACGAGCUGUACAACGAGGAUCUGAAGCCCGGGCCGGAGUCGGAGAGGAGGUGGGGGCUGUUUGAUGCCACAGGGAAGCCGGCGUACCAGCUGAGCCUGAUGGGAGCCGGGGAGGUGCUGGCGAACGACACGGCGGAGGAGACGUUCUGCGUGGCGAGAGGGGGAGCGGACGAGAAGAUGUUGCAGGCGGCGCUGGACUGGGCGUGCGGGCCGGGGAAGGUGGACUGCGGGGUGUUGCUGCAGGGGAAGGCGUGCUACGACCCGGACACUGUGGAGGCGCACGCCACGUACGCGUUCAACGCGUAUUACCACAGGAUGGGGAUGGCCGCGGGGACCUGCUACUUCAAUGGCGUCGCCGUCGUCACCACCACCGACCCAAGUAAAUAUAAUAAUAAACCCCCCCCCCCUUCCCUCUCUCGCUCUCUCUCUCUCUCGCUCUCGCUCUAGGAAGUGUACUGAUUUCAUUCUCCUUCACCUUUGGGUGGUGGUGGUGGAUUUCAUGCAGGUCACGAUUCCUGCGCCUUCACGGGAAGGUGAGCUCCUCCAUCCGACGGCAGAGCUGUCAGGGAUUUCAUUCUCCUUUCUCUGUAGUUGUUUGGUAUGGGCGUUGACAUUCCUCUGGUUUUUUUCUUUUCUUAUUUUUCGGCAGUGGUGGGAAGAACGGGACGAUGGUCAACGGCACGUCCCUGGCGACGGCGGCGAAUUCCACGACGGACUCGGGGGCGCCGGCUCUCUGGGAGAGGAGUUCAGCGGGGUUCUUCCAGCUCGCGGGGAUGCUGCUGUGGAGUGCUCUGUUCUUGUAG